AGUGAAUGACACGGAUCUGAUUCUCUUCCUUCUUCUCCGCUCCGCCCGAUUCACCGUCGUCAACCGGAUCCAUCCGCCGCGGCUCCAAGAUGACCGCAAUCAGCAUCCACGUAUCCGCGCUUGACGGAAUCAUACACGUCAACUCUCUGUUCACAUUUGCCGUAUUCGUCGGGCUAGCUUGGAACCCUCGCGACCCGAAUAACCGGCUCACUGACGACCCGAAAUGUGAGGCCGGGCCGAAAAUCGCGGAGGAUCUGGUGGCGUUUCACGUAUACUCCUUCGCCUCUUUCCUCUUCUCCAGCCUCAUCGCCAUGUGCAUCAAGCAGGUCACCCGACUGGCCGAAGGUGCACAUGUGGAGAUUCACGGCGUUGACAUUUCGGUGGUUGUGAACAAAUUCUUAGUCCAGAUCGGGUAUGGAGUUUGCGCCGUGGGUUCGGUUGCUGGCUGUGUUUGCUUGAUGCUUGCUUUGAGGAAUGUGGUUGAGAUCAAGCUCGGGACAUUAGGGUGUGGAAGCCCGCAUACCUCUGAAGCUGUCUACCCACUUUUUAUCUUUGGGAUUGCUGGGCUUAUCUUUUAUGUCCUCACCAUUGUAUAUGCUUUUUUUGUUUAGAAAGUCAUCAAUCAUCAAUUUGCUUGUCCGGGCCGGCUUGGAUUUGUUUAUUAACAAGGUUGGUUGUGGGUGAGAUUGAUAUGUGUUGUAAACUUGUAACUAAUGGUAUGGAAUUGGGAUCCCGUGCGGGAAUCCCACCCCGAUUACUGCUGUUGAUCGACGGUUGUGAUGCAUUUGCUCGGGGUGGGGCUGUGCCCUGCACGGGAUGUAUGUGGUAAUUGUGGCUUUUCAUUUCAUUGAUGUCCUUCAUAAGAGUGUUUGUUUUGAUAGAAUAGAGUGUAGAGGAUACAUGACUUCAUUCUUCAGGUUUACCAAUGAAUGUGUCUGGUUUCUACGGAGUAUAUUUUAAAUUUUCUCUACUGAAUAUGUUGACUGUCUU